CCUCACGAAUCGCCUCAAUACGCAUCUAGCCAUGUCUCUCCGAGCUCCUCUCCGUCGAGUCGCCUUCGCCAGGCCCACUUCUUCCAUCGCCGUCGCUGCCCGAAGCUUCCACUCGACCCCUCGUGCCUCCGUCCGUGUCGGCCAAGAGAUCCCCAACACCGACGUCCUCCUCGAGGAUUCGCCUGGAAACAAAGUCAAUCUCGCUGAGGAGUUCAAGACAUCCAAUGGAUACAUCGUUGGAGUCCCUGCCGCCUUCUCGGGCACAUGCUCCAGCAAGCAUAUCCCCUCAUACAUCAACCACCCCAAGCUCAAGCAGGCCGGACAGGUCUUUGUCGUCUCGGUCAACGACCCCUUUGUCAUGAAGGCCUGGAGCGACCAACUUGACCCCGCAAAGCAGACUGGAAUCCGAUUCCUUGGUGACCCAACUGGUGAGUUCACCAAGGCCCUGGACCUCGGCUUCGAGGCAUACGCCGUCUUCGGUGGUAUGCGAGGUAAGCGAUACGCUCUCAAGGUCGAGGACGGCAAGGUCAGCAAGGCCUACGUCGAGCCUGACAACACUGGAAGUGCAGUAUCCAUGGCCGACCAGGUUCUCGAUUAAGUGUUAUGACUAUUAUCCUGAGGCACACCGUCUUAUCUACGUCCUCUUGUAUUCAUUCAUAUGUAGGAGAACCUUCGGAAUACCAAAGAAUAUACAUUUUAAGAGCAUGAGGCC